GCUCGGUUGAGCAGUAGAGUGCGGUUGGAGUGUGAGAGUGGGUCGCGGCCGCGAUGAUCUGACAGAUGAAAUAACGAAAAAAGAGAGAGAAGGCGGGCGUCCUCCCACACAAAAUAAUGUUUCCCAAAGGCAAAGGCACCCCGGUGCCGUCCGACGGCCAAGCACGAGAAAAGUUGGCUCUUUACGUCUAUGAGUAUUUGUUGCACAUAGGAGCACAGAAGUCUGCACAGACCUUUUUGUCAGAGAUCCGAUGGGAGAAAAACAUAACUCUUGGAGAACCCCCUGGAUUCCUGCACUCCUGGUGGUGUGUAUUCUGGGACUUGUAUUGUGCAGCACCAGAGAGGAGAGAGACAUGUGACCAUUCCAGUGAAGCAAAAGCCUUCCACGAUUACAGUGCAGCGGCAGCCCCCAGUCCUGUGAUGGGUGGCAUGCCCCCUGGUGACGGCAUGCCUGGAGGACCCAUGCCGCCAGGCUUUUUCCAGGGUCCUCCUGGUCCCCAGGGCUCUCCUCACCCUCAGCCUCCUCCCCCUAACAGUAUGAUGGGACCUCACAGUCAGUCUUUCAUGUCUCCUCGAUUUGCUGGAGGCCCAAGAGGCCCCCCCAUCAGGAUGGGCAACCAGCCACCAGGUGGAGGACCAGGUCCUCAUCCCAUGCUGCCUAAUAUGGACCCCACACGACCACAAGGCCAUCCUAACUUGGGGCCCAUGCAGAGACUGAGCGGUCCUCGAGGGAUGGGACCCAUGGGUCCCGGCCCGCAGAACUUUGGUGGUGGAAUGAGGCCUCCACACAACACCAUGGGUCCCGGCAUGCCAGGAGUGAAUAUGGGUCCAGGUACUGGACGGCCAUGGCCCAAUCCGAAUAAUGCCAAUUCUAUGCCUUACUCCUCACCCUCUCCUGGAGCAUAUGGGGGGGCAUCUGGCGGCGGGGGGCCACCAGGAACUCCCAUCAUGCCCAGCCCAGCAGACUCAAACAACUCUGGUGACAACUUGUACACCAUGAUCAAUACCGGACCUGGCAACCGAAAUAACUUCCCUAUGGGCCCUGGAUCUGACGGCCCCUUGGGAGCCAUGGCUGGGAUGGAACCACACCACAUGAACGGAUCACUUGGCUCUGGUGAUAUGGAUGGAAUGAGCAAGAAUUCUCCAAACAAUUUAAGUGGCAUUAGUAAUCCUCCUGGGACCCCAAGGGAUGACGGAGAGCUGAGUGGAAACUUCCUCCACUCCUUUCAGAGUGAGAAUUACUCUCCAACCAUGACGAUGAGUGUGUGACUCGCCCCCACCCGACAUUAUUUGCCAUCAUUCCAAGGAUCUGAACUCACUCUAGGACAUGGCCAAACAGAUCAGCACAGAAUCAGGGAGGAGCGUCAUUUUGGUUCCACAUAACGCUAGAAUGCUCAUCAUUAAAAAAACAAACAAAUGAAAAAUCCAAAUGGACAGCUACUGCAGCUCCUUUACUCAAAAUGGACAAUUUUUCCAUCAUCACAAUCCCAAAUAUGACAAAAAACAGCUACUGAAAUGCAUACAUGACACGUAAUCUGUUCUGUGCAGAGCCUCUCCCCUCCUCUAGAGCGAAAGAGUUAAAACAAAACAAAAAAAAAAAACAAACAAAAUGGUUGAAGUUUACCUCUUGUACUUUUUAAUUAUUGCUUUGUGGUGCAAGAUGUGCAGGAAAGUGUCUCGGCUUUUGUCACUUAAAACACUGGAGAGUGUGCA